UGGUUGUUUCAUGACAACUUAGCAGUUUUGUUGCUGGUGCCCGAAACAGAAAUACAUCGAUUUUGAUACUUAAAAUCAAGCAAAAAUGAGUAUCUUGGCUUAUAAUGGAGCUGCUAUAAUUGCAAUGAAAGGAAAGAACUGCGUUGCAAUAGCAGCAGAUCGUAAAUUCGGUAUCCAAGCACAAAUGGUAUCGUGCGACUUUCAAAAGGUAUUUGAGAUGGGAUCUCACCUAUACGUUGGCCUACCCGGCCUAGCCACUGAUGUUCAAACUGUCAUGGAAAGGCUACGCUUCAGAUUGAAUCUUUACGAAUUGAAGGAAAACAGAAAAAUCCAUCCUAAAACCUUUUCCUGCAUGGUUUCAAAUCUUUUGUACGAGAGGAGAUUUGGACCCUACUUUGUUGAACCAGUGAUAGCAGGAUUGGAUCCCGAGACUUACGAGCCCUAUAUCUGUUGCAUGGAUCUAAUAGGAUGUUGCACAUCUCCUGAGGACUUUGUAGUUUCUGGUACUUGUACAGAACAGCUUUUUGGUAUGUGUGAAGCUUUGUACGAGCCAAACUUGGGACCAGAUGAGCUUUUUGAAACCAUCAGCCAAGCACUUGUCAACGCUUGUGAUAGAGAUGCAAUAUCUGGUUGGGGUGCUAUCGUUCACAUAAUCGAAAAGGAUAAAGUUACUACAAAAACAAUCAAGACCCGUAUGGAUUGAAUAAUAUUUAAAAAAAAUACAAAUUACAUUCUGUUCAUUAUAAAAGAAUUUUAUACAUAAAAUACAAAUUAAAUCAAAUUUUUUACAUGUAGUUAUAACAAACCAUACUUACAGCUACGAAAAAAAGUUGGUUGUGAUAAGAACGUUGAUCGCGUUUGUUUUUUCAAUGCUAUUCCAUUGUUAUUCUUUCAUUAUAAUUUUCUUUCAUAAAGUUUUUAUCAGAAUAA